UCUCACCACAGCAGCAGGAGCAGCCAGCGAGGGGGGAAGGCGCCGGGGCGAGCUCCAGCAUCUGGGCACUGGGCAGGGGGCGCGGAAAGGCGGAGGAGGGCGUGUUCGGGGCUGGGGGUCGUGAUGAAAGGGCGAUGUGGCAGCAGAGGAGAGCCGGGCACAGAUUUGCGGACGCGCCUGGGGAGAGCCAGCGGACGGGUGAUGGAGGGAGCGCUGCUGAGGCUGUAGGUUAUUUAGCACAGUUAGGCGGUGGAUGCUGCCUGCCGGCCGGGGCUGAGGCUGGGUCGGGUGUGUAGCUAGCUAGCGGACCCCCGCGUGGAGAGGGGGCUGCUGGGGCUCUAUAGUCAGCAGCACGCAGCAGAGGCGCGGAGGAACAGAAACACUGGAUACUACUGCCUAGAUUCACUGGACUAGACCCCCUGGACCUCCGGUCUCGCUAGCUUGUGCUGACUGCAGGGUCCUCCUGCAGGAAGAGGGCUCCUGCGUGCAUCAUAUAUAUAAAUAUAAAUACAUGCCCAAUGGUGGAGGAGGAGAGGAACCUACUGAAUGAGCAGGAGCUGCAGUCCAGUGCAGGAGAGACGUGACUACUACACAAGGCUGGCACCAUGAUGAUGUCUCUGAAAUGCCACAGAAGCAAGUCUGUGUGGGCCGCACUGGGAGUGCUGGUGCUCUGCUGGCUCUACAUCUUCCCAGCCUACAGGAUGCCCAGUGAUAAGGAGAUAGUGGAGGAGGUGCUGAGGCAGGGCCAGACCUGGAGCAAAAACCAGACUGGCAUUGAUCUGUACAGGAAGUUGCUCACAGAAUGCUGUGACCCAAAGAAGAUGUUUGCAGUCACCAAAGAAAACUCACCCAUCGGCAAGACCCUGUGGUAUGACGGCGAGUUCUACCACUACCACACGGUCAGCAAUGAGACCUAUCCGUUCUUCGUACAGGAUACUCCGCUGCAGCUGCCACUGAAGAAGUGCUCGGUGGUGGGGAACGGUGGCGUUCUGAAGAACAGCGGCUGUGGCAAAGACAUUGACCAGGCUGACUUCGUCAUGAGAUGUAACCUGCCUCCACUGUCCAAAAAGUACACUGAUGAUGUGGGAACGAGGACACAGCUGGUGACGGCCAAUCCCAGUAUAAUAGAGAAGAGCUUUCAGAAUCUCCUGUGGUCUCGGAAAGCCUUCGUGGAGAGCAUGAAGGCCUACGGCUCCAGCUACAUCUACAUGCCCGCCUUCUCCAUGAAGCCGGGGACGGAACCCUCGCUCAGGGCCUACCACACGCUGGCAGACACCGCCUCCAACCAGACGGUGCUGUUCGCCAACCCGGACUUCCUGAAGAACGUGGGACGCUUCUGGAAGAGCCGCGGCGUGCACGGCAAGCGCCUGUCCACAGGGCUGUUCCUGGUGAGCCUGGCACUCGGCCUGUGCGAGGAGGUCACGGCCUACGGAUUCUGGCCCUUCUCUGUGGGGCUGGACGAGCGGCCGGUCAGCCACCACUACUACGACAACAUCCUGCCGUCGUCGGGGUUCCACGCCAUGCCCGAGGAGUUCCUGCAGCUGUGGCACCUCCACAAGAGUGGCACGCUGCGCCUGCGCGUCGGCAGCUGCGUGCCAGGCAAGGACCAGCAGAAGUAGGAGGAGAAGGAGGAGGAGGUGGAUGAAGAGGAGCAAUGGUUGCUAUGGGCAACUGCUUUGGAUUGUCUUGUGUUUUGUGUUAGAGGCUCCACCCCCCCCCACGAACCACGACCACCACCAACAACACCACCCUCACCUAUUCUUCGGAUUAGCAUGAGAAUAAAGAGUGAGAAUAAAGCCUCUUGGAGCUGAUGCCAGCCCUCUGCUUGAUCACAAUAGGGGAAAACGGAUGAUGAGGACUCAAUACCUCAUCCUAACACACUCACAUACACACACACACACACACACACAUACACACACACACACUCAGAUAGCUAGACACAUUUCCCUUUGCUGUUGCCAAGAAACUGUCAUUCAGGCCUGCCUGGACGUUCAGUCCACACUCAGUUGCCACCACCGCACAGCAUUCAAGCUGGAGGUAUGGUAGGGGGUCUUUGGAAUGCGGGGGCUGGCUAAGAGCUGCCCGCUUGCUGUUUAAAAGCUAUAGCUGCAUUUUGCUUCGGGUUUUUUUUUACAGCAGCUGGGCUCCCGGACCCCCCGGGGGCUUUUUCUUUUGUUGUUCAAAAGCCUGAACAAGAGGACGGGGCGUGCGGGGGCGGGUACUUAAAGACGUCUCAGAUGGACUCAGUAUGAGGAGCAGAAGCGAGGAAAGCAGGCUUCAUGCCAAGGCAACAAGAGUCGGGGGCGGGGGGGGGGGGGUCAGGGCUAAAAAUGGACCAGAGAAAAAAGGAGAAACAAACUAGAAACACUGCAGUGUGUAAACCUGUACACGGUUCUGCUUUCUUUUUUCAUGAUGACUUACUUUAAAAUAAGAAAAAAGGAAGAAACCAUAAUCUUGAAGAGGAGAAGACUGACUUGAAUAUGUGUCGAUGUGUCGAUUACAGUGGAAUUCCAUCAAUUUAUUUCAAAAUUUCUAAAUAAUUUUGUCGCUAAGAUGUAAAAUGAUGCAAUAAUUGUAGACACUUGCUAACUUUUACUUAAUUCUUUACAGUGGUGCUAAUGGUAAGAUAUGGCAAUUUCAUUUAAUUUCCAAUUUAAUUUAAACCAACAGUGAACCUUUUAUGUCUUCAGAGUUGUUUAUAUCAGAGAGUGUCUCUAAUGAUUUGGAGGCUAUUUGGUCUUUGAGAUAAGUGUGCGAGGUCUCCUACAUCAAGACUCUCUUACCACUUCGCAUGGACAUCUCUAGCCAGACACCACCAGUCACGAUCAUUACCAAACACUGCUCUACUGUCCACUAAAGUAACUUUUUUUGAGGGAGAUUUUAAAGCAUAUGAGCAUUAUCCCAUUACAGGUGGGUUGAUCUGGUUUGAAUCAGUUAAUGAGAUAAGUAAGCUUAGAAUUUCCUCCUGUUUUGGUUUGUUUUCACACAGAGAAAAAGCCAAUCGCAACAAAAUGCAUCACAACAAACCACCUGAGAUCAUUCUCUCUGCUAAUUAGUCAGACCUGCGAGCAGUAAACAUUUACAUGUACAUUAACAGCAUUUAGCUGACACUUUUAUCCAAAGUGACUUACAAGGUAAUUCCUAUUACAGCAGUGGACCAAUGCAGUGUUAGAAAUCUUGCCCAAGGACGCUUAUUGGUUUAGCGCAGCAUAUCUGUUACCUAGACGAGGCAUUGAACCCCAGUCUCCCACAUGAUGUGUUAGCUCACCUCCUCUCAAAGAUCAAUUUGGUGUUUUGCUUCACACCUAAAUGCAUAUCGUCGGAUUAGAGCUUAGAUGUUAAUUAACAUUGCAACAAUGAAGAAGCAUAUACCUAUAAUUUAAGAGCAAUGUUAAUUAAGAACAGCUACACACAGCGCUGCAAGUCAAAUGCUUAGUGGAUGAGCUGCGUGAUUAUAACAUUCUAAGUGCAACUUUUAUUCAAAUAACAGUUUGUUUUGUUGCUUAGCUAUAUUGUAUCACGCCAUAGCUUUAUAUAAAAUAAAAAUAGCAUUAAAAAACAGACACCUACAUCACAGACUAUUUUCUUGGGCAGAGAAUCUAAGCUCUAAACCGGAUUAAAAAGUGCAAAUGGGAAAAUUCUUAAUCUACUCACAACCAUCAUCAAUAUAAACAACUGUACACCCGAGCAUUUCACACCAAACCAGUUAGAAUGACAUUGUUCACAUCUUAACUAUUUAAUUCUGUAGAAUUUUUCAGAAAUUUGCUAAAUUGAUGGAAUUCCCCUAUAAAACAGAACCAAAAUGGAAACGCAGACAUUUGACAUGAAGUGAAAUGAAUGUACUGUAAAUGCAAUGCUGUUUGAACCGCGAUUUCGAACAUUCUUUCAUCACACGUCAUUAAUUUUUAGAUAUCAGUAUAGUAGGUACCUAUAUUGCGUAUUUGUUUUUUGUGAACUGCUCCAGAGAGCACUUCUUCUAUUCAUGUUGGUGUUUUUUUUAUUAGAAUUUGAUCAUUUUUUUUAUUUUAUUUAUAUUUUAGAUCUCAGAAACAUCCCUUACUGUGACAAAUGCCGCUAAAUGUGUUUUGAUCUCCCUAAAUCCAGCGUCAACCGUCUUUUUUGCACCAUGAACGUGAACUUCAGACGCUGUGGCCUUGGAGUUUCUCACUUGAUUGAAUUUGAUUGAGGAAUACGGAGGUGAAAAAAGAAGAAGCCUGUGAUGAGUUUCACAUUCCAUCAGGGGUGGAUGAACAAUAUCUUUAACUUUCUGACUACUGUUUGCUGAUGUAAGUGCUGUGACCGCCUUUAAAGUGAAGUAUCGUGAACCACAGCCGUUCUGCUGCUCGGGGCUGCUCUGGGUGCUGGACACCUGCUGUUGUUGGAAAAUGUUCUGUACAUAAUCAACCGUAUUCAGCAUAACAUUAGUCAGUGUUCUUUCUGGUCAGCAUUUUGAUUCCUCUGAAUGUAAAGGCAGCCACUGAAGUCGUAGUCUGCUACUGGAGAAGUCUAUCCAGUCUAUGUCUGUACACAUUAUGGGUAGACCAUUUUUUUUUUCGUUGCUUUUGUUGAAUUGGUUGAAUGCUCCUGUGUUUUUAACCUACAGUUACAAACAGUGGUGCUUAAAAGUCUGUAAACCCUUUAGAAGAGAGAAACUUAGAAACACAGAAAACAUUCCAAGUUACUGACUGUUAAUAACUAGGAAUGUGGCUUAGGGUCGUUGUCCUGCUGCAUGGCCCACGUUCGGCACUGGAAUGACAGAUGACCUGAUAUAUUUUCCUUAAGAAUUUGCUGGUAUAAUUCAAACAAAUUUGUUCUUUCAAUGCAGACAAGCUGCCCUGGCCCAGAUCUGUGAUACUACCACCACCAUGUUUCACAGAUACGAUUAGGGAGAUGUGCCGGAAUGCUGAAAUGUAGUGUUUUCUUGUCUGCAAACCAAAUUAUUCAUUUAUUAUCUCUUAUCCUUUUGGCAAACAGGAAGCAAAGCUGAUCAACGUGUUAAUGUCUGAUAGUGUUUUCAUUAAUAUUAUUAUAUUUAAUUUAUACAGAAAAAUAGAAAAUUCAAAGGGGUACACAAACUUUUAAGGACUACUGUAACACAGACUCUCCCCUUGUCCCAAAUGGUGCCGUAAGCCCUGUGGUCCUGCUUUUACUGACACUUACUGACGUCAGCAAUGCUGUACGAAUAUUUAAAAUGAAUAUUUAUAAGAUUAGGUCCUUUAGGACACUAAAGUUAUUGUUAUUGUUCUCUCGCAGCUCAGAAAGACCUCAGACAUGCUCAGAUAGCUCACAGCUACUGUUAAAAGGGAAUUGUGGUUAGUAGAGUGCUAAUAACUCCGCUCUACAGUAACCAUCCCCUAAUGGGCUUUUUAAGGAUAUAUAAUAAGUAGCUGCUUGUGAACACCCUUUAGCCUUUACACAUGAGGACUACAGGACCGCAAGUGUGCCGUUCGGGACUGGGCUCUGUAUUUAGAAAAGUGGAGAAAUACUGAGCACUUAGGAAACACUUGAUCGUAAUCAUUUCAAUUACUGCCUUCCCGUGGCUUUUGGCAUAUCAGUGUAGAAGCUAAUGGGCAGGAACUGAAGCAGCAACUCAUUGGCUCCAAUUGUAUGUAUAUUUUGAAUCUCUAUUUAUUUAUUUAUUUACAUAAUGUAAAUGCACCAACUGCCCAUUGUGUCACAUUGCUGUAAGAGAUGCUGUAGAUGUAAAGAAGCAGAGAUUACACUAGAAAACACAGGAGUAUUCCUUUAAUUCCUUUAAAAAUACUUCAAAUUCCUUUAUCUGGCUUUUGUCUCAUGACAAACAAGGGAAUACACAACUCGUGUCUCGGAUGUGUUAGAUUUACUGUCACUCAUUAAUAGCCUCCUAAAAUCUGUAAGUCAGGCCAGCUUACACGUUUAGAUAAAGUAACUGAUUACAUAGAGUUUUUAAGGGGGUAUUUUUAGAUAACUCAUGUUAGCUUAGACAAAAGUUCUCCUAACUCAUACUUUUCUCUGUUUCUGUAUUAAUUUGUGCCUCAAAAACAUUACUAUUUCCUUGCUUAGAUUUAAACUUGAACUGAUCGCCAUGCUCUGAGGACAAGCAGCAGUUAGACUGUAAGGCUGGUCUAGAGCUAGCACAACUGUCUAACUACAUGAUUGUCAAAAGACUUGCCAGAUUAUCCUCUACUCUAUUUAAAUCCCAUCAAAACCACAUCCCUACAUGAUCAGGAGUCUUACAGUAGAAAAGCCUUGUUUAUUUAAGAUAAAAAACAUAUACCAUAUAUUUUUCGCUCUAUAAAGCACACCGGAUAAGAAGGCGCACUAUAAAUGAACGUCUGUUUUGUGGUCUAUUUACAAACACUGGAUUAUAAGGCGCAUUUUAUUAUAUUUUAUUAUUAUUAUAUUAUUAUUAUUAUUAUUAUUAUUAUUAUAAAUAUUAUAUUAUUCAGCCGGUCUCACUGCUGAAUAAGUUAAGUAAAGCUAAGCUAAGUAAACAACACUGAUUAAAAAACUAAAUAAAAAAGACUUUUUUUUUAAGUCAAAUGAGCACUGGAUGUUAAUCGUUAAUAUUAAUGCAGAUUUCUCUCCCAAAAACUGUUUAUUUGGGUGAGUAAAGCACAAAUUUCCUGAAUUUCUUCAGCACUAAGGCUGAAGCAUUAGCAUUAGCGGCUAACCGCUAGCAGUUAGAGGCUAAUGCCCCCCGACAGCACUACACUGAGGAACCUUGAGUGUAUAGGUAAGCCAGGGUGAUAUUUGCUAGCAGUUCAUUCAGUGUAGCUUGUUGUAACACUGUAAACACGCAGGCUAGAUUCUGAUAUAUCCCCCUUUGAAUGGCUAAAGAGCUAGUGGUUAGCGUGGUUAGCAGGUAAUGCUAAUGCUGCAUCAGCAGUGCUAGCCGGGGUUAGCAACAGGCUACAGGCUGAUAAUACUCACCUCUGAACAGGGAAAUAGCGGUUAGCGGCUAGUGCUUAUGCUACUCCAGCUCCGAUGCUGGAGAACUAAACUGAAACUCCUGUAUAAAGCUGUAACGUAAGAGAACGGUAUUCCGUACACAUUUUCGGUAUUUUCCACGUUUGAGUGGAUAUUACGAAAAUACCCGAGUUCAAAUAGGCUGCAGUGAUUGGCUAAACUAUGGAAUAUCUGCCUAGCAACCAAAAUAAAUUUUGAUUGGUUACUUUUGGACCAAUAGUUUUAAAGAAAACCCCCAAAACUGACCUCAGUCCUGUCACCAGUGUGCAUCAGUAUUCCGUACACCUGCAAACAAACAGGCAAUGGUGUUCCGUACACCUCAGAUUUCCGCUCGUGGUGGCUGUAUUUUGCAAAACUUCACCACCUUUAACAUAUGAUCUUAGACUGACAUAGAUGCUUAGUAAAGUGUUUGUCAAAUGGAUUUGAUAAGUUGUCUAUGAAUUGAAAAUAAAUUGUGCUGAAGCUGCAGCAAAAAAUCUCAGCUGUCUAUGAGUGGUGAAGUGGAGCUGGAGUAAGCUCGUUUUUAAAGUAAGUUAUAAACAAUGAUUAUUAAUUCCUCAAUCAAAUAUUACAACAAAUGCUGUUAGUUGGAUGCUUAACGUUGCAUUUUGGGUGAAAUGCGAUGUUAAAAGUGGGUAAAACCUUACGUGAACUAGUCGAUAACGUUUUCACCACCCCUUAGCCUCAGCGUUGUUAACCCUUCCCCACCCACCCGUUGUAUUUUAUUGUUUAAAUGCUCAACUGUACGGAAUACUGAAGUGUACGAUGUACCGUUCUCUUACGUUACUUCAGCAGAGUGGCUCCACUGCUCUUUAAUACCUGACUGGUAAAAUUCAUACAUAGGGCACACUGGCUUUGAAGGCACACUGAUGGUUUUUGGGAAAAUUAAAGGAUUUUAAGUGCGCCUUAUAGUCUAAAAAAUAUGGUAUAUACCUUUAACCCUUAAUUUGCUGAUUGGAAUGAACAGUAAAGAUUAAACAAAUUGAGGGGGCUAAGCCACAGGCUAGAGAUCUAUAAAAAAAUGCAAUAUCUUAUCUAUUACAGCUGCAGCUCAUUCAGUAAUGUUUUUGGGGCUCAACUCAAUAUGUAUCAUUGAUAAAAAGUUAGAAGAACUUACUAGAACUAAACUAAGUUUUUGAGUUAAGUAAAAAAAAAUCCCUGUAAUCAGUUACUGUAUCAUUUUAGUAGGCCUGGCUUUACUGACUUUUUUUACAGUGUACAGGUAGCUUCAGGAACUGUCUAGGAACUGCUGUAACAGGAGGCUUGCAGGUUAAAUAAGUGUAUAACUUGAAGGUGAAGGGGACAGCAUAGGGCCAUAUCACGUUCUUUGGCCUGCACCAUGAUCUGAACCCACCAACACAAAGGUGACUGUGUUUAAAGUCAAACCCAGUCACCUUUCCAUCACAGAAACUGAAUGAAAGAAAGCAAAUAAUGAAAUCCUCUUGGGUUUCAGAAUAGAGCAGGUUACUAAAUCCAUCCUCACUGUCUUUAGAUCAUGUGUUCACAUUCCUUGAGAGGUUGAGUGCCUUUUUUAAUGUAAAAUAUUUAAGAAAAAAAAAAGCAAACAAGGCUAAGAUUUUAUUUUGUAAAAGACACUGGAAACGGUAUAUAAGGACAGUUAUUGAUAUUUAUCUUGCUUUCUUUUUUUAUUUUUGUUCCUGGGAUUUAUUCAUAUUUAUUAUUUGGACCUUUGUUGUAUUGAGUGAUGUAUUGAAUACAGUGGGAUAAUGGUGAUUGCAUACAGUUUUGUGAAAAGCUUCAAAUGGAUGUUUCUAGAAGUCUUAUAAUAGGGCCCGGCUGAUAUAUAGUUUAAUUGAUAGGUAAUAGUUAUUACAGAUAACACACCAUACAGUUCCGGUAAUUAUUCAGGAUUACCAGAACUGUUAUUCUAUUGUUUUCCAGAUACCUUUUACAGAAACUCAGCAAAAAAUCAAACAUUAACAGUAUCAAACAUUAUAAGACGCAUAGUGAUAAAAAGUGUAGUCUAAACAUGCUUAUUUGGCUAGCUAACUUUACUUUACUUUACUUUAGCCAACUACAAUAAUAUUAAUAACUAUAUUAUGUAUAAUAUCUAAUAUACAGCCCUGGAAAUGUUUAUAUGUUUUAGUAAAAUUAACAUAAUUGUUUUAUUCUAUAAACUACGGACAGCAUUUCUCCCAAAUUCCAUAUUAAAAUAUUGUAAUUUACAGCAUUUAUUUGCAGAAAAUAAGAAAUGGCUGAAAUAACAAAAAAGAUGCUGAACUUUCAGAAGUCAAAUAAUGCAAAAAAAAAAAACAAGUUCAUAUUCAUAAAGUUUUAAGAGUUCAGAAAUCAAUAUUUGGUGGAAUAAUCCUGUUUUUAAUAAAAGUUUUCAUGCAUCUUGGCAUGUUCUCCUCCACCAGUCUUACACACUGCUUUUGGAUAACUUUAUGCCACUCCUGGUGCAAAAAUUCAAGCAGUUCAGUUUGGUUUGAUGGCUUGUGAUCAUCCAUCUUCGUCUUGAUUAUAUUCCAGAGGUUUUUAAUGUGGUAAAAUCAAAUAAUUUUCAUUUUUAAGUGGUCCCUUAAUUUUUUCAAGAGCUGUAUAUUGGCCAUACAUUGACAGAUAUCAUAAAAUGAGAACUUCCAGUGACCGACAUAUAAAAACUAAUAAUUAAAUAUAAAAGCAUGGUGUAAAAAAAACACUUAAAGUUUGAGGAAACACUGCAGUGUAACUGAAAAUCAAUUAGUCAAUAUUGUCCAAUGAAAAACAAGUAUCUCAACUUUACAGGAGAGAGGUAAAAACCUAAUUAACUUUCAAUUGAAGUCAAUGUAAAAAGAGUUUGUUUCAUGUCAUUUUGAAGAGAUUCUAUUGGUCCAUUCGUCAAGAAAUUUUGACACAGUGUAAGGGACAGUUGUGUGUUCAAAUGAUGUAGUAAACUAAAAAUCCACAAAAAUGGGGAUACUUCUUUUUCACAUAAUUUUCAUUAGCAAUGUUUGUAAAUGAGAUUUUUUAAGUUAAGACAGUUGAAAAAUCACGAAACUGUCAUGUAAAGCACGGUUCAGUCCAACAUAUUAGGUACCUUUAAAAAGGUCCUAAAAUACAGCUACACAGCACAUUUUAGCACUGGCAGUGUCUGUGUAUAAAGCAGUUAAUAUUGACAGUUAUUUUAUAAUAUUACUAUUUUGAUAUUGGCCGGGCCCUAGUCUUAUAACCAGCUGGUUACUGAAGGACCAAGUGGACUUUAAUGCGUUUUGAUGUUGCAGAGUUAAGUGAAGUGAAGGCAUGUUUUGUGCCUCUCUACAGUGUAUUUGGGAUGAAGGAUAUUUGGUAAAAGUUUAAAGGCAUUUGUUCAUUUUGAAUUCUUGUUAUUUGCACCUUGUUUUUGUCCUGUUCAGUAUUUCAGUAUUGUGAAUGAGUGCGACUGUAGCUUGUAGUGCAGUCUGUAUGCAUGACUGUGGUAUGUGUAUUUGUUUAGUGAGCUGAACUUGAGUUGGACACGUUUUGAAGAUCAUACACAUUCCUUUAAUUCCUUCCCCUUCCUUUAAUUUCUGAGCCAUGCCAGGCUGUGCACCCAAAGUCUAUCAGUACAGAAGUGUUUUACUGAUAUAUUAUAUACUGAAGAGUUGUUGAAGCAGAAGAACAGGUUGAAUGAAAUAAAUUGAAUUAAUGCUUACUGAGUUACAUCUUACAUUUUCCUAUGCAGUUCUCAUAUUUAUUUAAUCAUUUUUAUAUUUAUAAUUCAGUUGAUAGUAUUUCAGUGCACAUAUAUUUCCUUUAAAAUGUCAAGUCAACUACUUCAAUAAAAAAAGGCUUUUAAAUUCCAAAUGGAAAAUUCAACCUGUAAAAUUUGAUCUGUAAAGCUCAAAAUUUAAAAUUGGACCUGUAAAACUUACCAUGUAAAACUCAACAUGUAAAAUCUGACCUGUAAAACUCAACAUGUAAAAUCUGACCUGUAAAACUCAACAUGUAAAAUCUGACUCUUAAAACUCAACAUGUAAAAUCUGACCUGUAAAACUCAACAUGUAAAAUCUGACUCUUAAAACUCAACAUGUAAAAUCUGACUCUUAAAACUCAACAUGUAAAAUCUGACCUGUAAAACUUAACAUGUAAAAUCUGACCUGUAAAAUUUGAACUGUUAAACUCACCCUGUAUAACUCUUAAAACUUAACAUGUAAAAUCUGACUCUUAAAACUCAACAUGUAAAAUCUGACCUGUAAAACUCAAAAUGUAAAAUCUGACUCUUAAAACUCAACAUGUAAAAUCUGACUCUUAAAACUCAACGUGUAAAAUCUGACCUGUAAAACUUAACAUGUAAAACUCAACAUGUAAAAUUUGAACUGUUAAACUCACCCUGUAUAACUGAACAUAUUAAAGACCUGUAUAAUAAGUAAAUUGUAAACUGUAAAUUUGUAAAAUACAAUCUUGAAAUUUUAAUGUAUGACAUUUGACCUAAAAAAAAAUCUUCUAAAUUUUUGCAUUCAACCUGUAUGUUUAAUGUGACCUGUAAAAAUGUACUUUUUUAACAUGCAAAAUUCAACCUGUAAAAUAAACCCCCGCAAAAAAGUAGUAAAACAACGAUAUCCCCGAAGGGAUAAUCCCAUAAUUUUAGUUUACAGGUAAAAUUUUUAAAUACACUGGAAUACUUUUAACAGUUGUAAGACAGUGUAAUUCAGGAAGCCUGUAAUACAUAUAUUUUAUUCAGUCUGUUCUUUUGCUAUAACAAUGUUGAUAUAUUUCUGUAUAUCAGUGCUUACCUCAGACAUUCUCUCACUACUGAUCCCCCUCUGAUCCCCUCAGUCUACAUCAUGUAUUUAUUAAGCCCGGGAGUUCAGACCUCUUUGAGCUUUACGACAAAUCAGAUCUAAACCUUUACUGUUUUUACUGUUCAGUCAGUGUCGCUGAGCCGGACCUACAGACGGGACUGUGUCCUGUGUGGUACAUGCUUGUGUACGCAAUGCUUGGUUCACCGUGAAUAGGUGUGCUGUGAUUUGCCUUGCUUGAAAAGAUAAAUUUAUCAUGUAUGUUCUGUGGAGGAUGAGCUGAAAUCUUUUUUUGAGCAUGUCAUAGUGAACAAUGGAAAUCGGUAUUAACAGCUUGAUCUGAACGUGGUUUCUGUUUCAUCUGGAUUAUGUCAAUAAAAAAAAUCAACCAACUAAAGGAUGAAUUGAUAAUGAAGGAAAACACUGAUAUCUAGUAAUAAAGAAGUCCAGCCUCAA